AUGGGACAUGGGGGUCCCGGGGACCUCCUGCCCUCAGGGCCAGAGGGGUGCUGGGCUACGGCCUCCUGUGACCAGCUGGUCCGGGAGCUGCUGCGGCGCAUGGAGGAGUCGAUCCAGCCACACGCACGCUCGAACCCCAGCGUCCUGCUGGCCAUGAACCUGCUUGGGGCGGACAUCGAGAGUCCCACCUACAGGUUGCUGCUCCAGGAGAUCAAGGAGGAGGUGGUGACGAGAGCCCAGAAAGCCAUGACCUCAGGACAGGUGGCUGAGCACAUCCUUGCCCUCCUCUCGUCCUGCCAGGACCCCCGGCAGGUCCCUGCCCCGGAAGAGCCCAUCAACCUGAUCCCCAUCCUGCAGCAGAAAAUGCAUGAGGAGAUAACCCACAACGUGAUCAGCUGGUACAACAGGAGCCUGGACAUCCUGACCCUGUGUGUGGUGAAGGAACACGACCGAGGUGCAGCCGUGGCCCUGGCCAAGGAGUUGCUGAGCCCUGACAGCCACCUCGAUGUGGACACCCGUGCCAUGGCGGUGCUGGCCCUGGUGUGUGAGAACAACACGGCCCCGUACCAGGAGCACCUGAUUCAGUGGGCACUGGGCAAUGUGACCAACGGCCUCCUGGACGAGCAGGAGAAGGGGGAAGGCGUGAUCGGGAAUCUCUCCAGCAUGGGACUGCCCAUACAGGCUCUGGAGUCCUCAAGGAAGUUUUAUGCCCCUCGGAGGUGGGACCGUGCCCAGGCCUUCCACGUGGUCCAGACCCACGAGCAGGAGUACACACAGCCCAUGGCCAUCGCCCGGGUCCUGCCUGGCCUCGUGGGCACAUCCUACCUCAACGCAGCCCCCCUCACGGUGCAGUACUCCAUCACCAACACAAUGAAGAACUACUUCCACUACUCCACCUCGGUGUGUGUCCCACCCGGCUCCAGGCUGCUGCGGGUGCUGCAGGUGGCACGGGAUGAAAAGCCCCACAUCUUUAGCUUCAAGACAGUGAAUUACGAUCACUUGGGUCCCUUCGUGGUCUCCAUCCACGGGCUGGCUGGCAACGAGACUGAAAGGACAUACUGGCAGUUCUUCAGCUGCUGGAGUCCCCUCCAGCAAGGGGUCGGAACCUACAGGCCAAAAAACUGGGAGCACAUCCAGGCCAUCUUCAGCACCUACUGA